AUGUCAUUUGGGGUUAAAGGUACUUUCAGUUCCUUCCAAACAUUUAUAUGCUACUUCCUAACAAGUGUCCCCGGUUGUUUGUUUGGAUUACUGGAUCGUGUGUUAAUAUACAACGCUAUCUGGGAAGAAGAAGUGACACAGUUGGAAGCCAUAGCUGCUGAUCUAGUGAUUGGUCUUACCGAGAGUGAGAUUGCAAAAACGUGGGUGACCUACCUAGGACACGUCAUAGGGCAAAGUGGAAGUUCCUGGGAACUGGAUAGUAUUUCCAAAUAUCUGAAAACCCUAGAUUGUGACCAGGUUCUGAAGGCUGGAAUCCAGGUUGAUAUGGAUUCGGAACAGUACAUUUCCCAUCUGUCUAUAGCUGUCAGCAAUUCAGCUUCGACAAGAAAUCAAGUGAAAGUUAAUGAAGAUUUCCUGAAGCUGACCAUUGAUGAGUAUAUGGGUGAUGUACAAGACAAGACCAGGAUCCGAGAUUUGCACCUUGAGCUGAUGGGCGAUGUAAUUAUGUUGAUGCCCACUGUCCAAUCUGCCAGAUUUCACCGAGAUGCUGGCAAUGCAGUCUUCUUGUACGAGUUUCAGCACCGACCAAGUGUAUAUGGAAACAGCCGGCCUGACUUUGUCAAGUCUGACCACAGUGAUGAGCUCGGAUUUGUGUUUGGUGCUCCGUUUUGGAACAAUGAUAUUAAACUAUUAGGAAAUGCCACUGAAGAGGAGCUGGCUCUGAGCAGAACAGUGAUGUCUUACUGGGCUAACUUUGCAAGGAAAGGUGAUCCUAACGGGGAAGGGCUGAUAUUGUGGCCACGUUAUGAUCACGACGAAGGAUACAUGCACCUGGACCUGAAGCAAGAGGCAGGGAGCAAGCUGAAGGAACACCGCGUGAAAUUCCACGCUGAGCUGCAGAAGCAAAAAGGUAGAACGAAGAGUGAGCAGGAUGUAAAAGCUGAUGGCCAGCAGCGAUCAGAGCUCUAACAAUCCGACAAUCAG